CGGGCGCGGUGUUCAAAUGUGUUUCCGGCGCUCUUCUGUUUGGAUCGGAGUGGCAAAGAUGGUACCCGCCAGACAAAAAAGUGUGGCAAGAACCCCCAACAGUGUUGUCCAGAGAAAGAGUAAAAUUAAGAGCUACCGACAGUCCUACCAGAGCAUGACGGCGGCUUCACGUCUCUGCUUGACGAGGGCACUGACAUCAUUGUGGCUCAACACCAGCAGGACAGCACCAAAGUCUGACAAUAUCCUUGAUAAGGUGGAUCCCAGACAGUUGGCUUCACUGAUGAAAACAGAAUGGCAGCUGUCCUAUGUCACACCCCUCUACCAAUUCCGCUAUACCCAGCUGAAGAGCUACUCCAGGCAACUGUCUGCAUUUAUGGCUGCAGAGAAGGAGCAAGUGGAGGAUGGAGCUACACAAAACUUCAAGGUCUCCUUCUCCGUGGUUCAUGGCCUGGUUGAAACAGAUUACGAUGCUGAGACAAUUUUAAUACAGAUCUACUCAAAGUCCUUCUUUGCCGGCCAGAAUGAACAUCAGAAGCCAGUAUGGAAGGGCUGGCUUGCAUGUGUCAAUGGCAACCGUGACUACAUUAACUCACUCCCAAAAGAGUUUAUUUCUCUACCACUAUUUGGCAGCAGCGGGACAGAGGCACUCACUGCUUUGGUGAAAUCCUGGUUCCAGAAGAACUUUGACUGCUGCUUUGGGUCGUUGGAGAUCAACCACAUCAGCUUGCAGUGGUUGGUGGCAUUAUGGACAAACUACCAUGCCGAGUCCAAUAUCAAGCAACUCCAAAUGAUUUGGACUCUUCCAGUUCAGCCUCUACUUCAGGUCUCCUAUGCUGUAAAUCCUGUCGAUGCUUGGGAGCUGUGGUGCAGUGUAAAAGGAGAUCAGCCAGAAUUGGUGAAAGAAAACAAAGUCAUUGAUAUAGACGAUGUGAUGAGGCUCAUGAAGGGGCUGAUGGGCUACUUCUAUCGGCUCUUCAAGGUGGAUCUAUCAGCGGGGAGCCUGAGCUCUGUGUCCACAGCCCUGGGCUCAGCCAAAUGUCGUGGCCAGAUUAAGAUCUCCAACAGCAAAUGCAUGACCACCACACUGACGCUGCUAACAGAGUGUGCCCUCCUCAAAAUGCCCAUUUAACGGGCCCGUCAUGAAGCAGAGUAAAUUGUCUAAUUCACUCAGCUUGCUCUUUUAAACCUUGGGAUUGUAGUCUUUGAUUUUAUCUGUAAAAUGAUUGUAAAUAAGCGCGUUUUAUUUGCUGUCCACCCAAGCUGUGAGACAGCGUUUUUUUUUCCAUUACCUUUUACACAACAGGCCUGAGAACUUUGUCGAGGGGUGGCCGAGGAAAGCUUUCCAUUUUAAUGAGGAUCUGUAUAAAUGUGAGAGGACAUACAUUUAUGUUAAGAGUUUGAAUCCUCAACAAUGAGAGUCCACCCUCCAGAAUCAUGACAACCUUCAGCCUGUUUAUUAUUCUUCAUAAACCAAGACGCAGCCUGCUUGCUCACAAGAAAACAAGCAAACAUUGAUGCCCAUCCACAAAAUUUCUCUUCACUAUUUAAGUGGUCAUGUUUGGCUGAAGCAACCAAUGUUUUGACAUUUUGCCAGGUACUGUAUAAUUGUAUAUUCAUGAGUUAUUUUGCUGUUAUUUUUAUGGCUAACAUAGCUAUAAUAAAAGCUAAAGGUUUUCUUUCAAAA